CAAAUGAAUUAACUGGCAAAAUGCCUGCUCAAGAAAAUAAAGAGGAAGAGGGUUCUGCUUCUGGCUCGGAAGAAGACACUUUGGACGUUCAGCCUGAAAAGGAUGACAAAGAAAAAAAAUAUAAAGGCUUUAUGCCGUGGGUCAGGCAUCCCCCAAUCUGCCUAGUUCGAGAUUUUGGAGCAACCGAUUUCUUUCAUGACCAAGAAAAAAUAUUACGAAAUUCUCAGGCCACCAAGUCGGAAAGGGAAAAGAAACAAGCCGAAGCCAAAAUGCAGGAAAUCAAUGAGGCUUACGGAGUUUUAAGUAAUCCCGAAAAACGGCAGAAUUACGACCGCUACGGCAGCGCAGAAGGCUUUCAAGGACCACCAGAAGGUGGUUUUGACCGUAGCGGAGAUUUUUUUAAGGAUAUUUUUAACACCUUUUUUGGUGAGGCCGAUCGCUCUCACUCCCGCACCUAUGCCGACCGAACCCGACCGCAGGCCGGAAGUGAUAUUUUAAUCAGCAUUACUUUGACUUUCAAAGAAUCAGUGCUGGGGGUGAAAAAAAAAGUGACUCUGCCGCUAGAAAGGGCUUGUGGCGUCUGUCAGCAAACGGGAGCUGCUUCCCGUAGCGAUAUUGGAGAUUGUCCAGUCUGUCAAGGACGAGGAGUAGUCAAUACUAUUCAAAGAACGAUUUUGGGAACUAUUCGCACCCAAGACACUUGUGCUCGUUGUCAAGGAGAGGGAAAAAUAAUCAAAAAAAAAU